CAAACACAGCUCAAGAUGAGAUGUGAAGCUAAUUCGGGCCAGGCCUUGGGCCCGCCCAAGCCCAGACCUAAGAGCUGUCGCAGCCUUCAACAACCAAAGCCCGCGCCCGCCAUCAUUCCACCAUUGAAGCGCUGCCGUUGCUACUCGAGCAACAUGGGGAGGCGAGGCGGCAGACCCCCGGAGAGGGCUACCUGCCCCCCCAACCCAACUGUCGUUCUUCAUGAACAAGACUGCUAUGAAGGAGACCGCCUGGGUCUGUUGCUGAGAUCGAUUCACGAGAAGAUCGAGGCAGCAAGAGCCUCAGAUGGGGAUGUUCUGCCCGAGAAGAUAUGGUUGAAGCAACAAUUUGCAAUUGGGGUCAAUGAAGUCACACGGUUGCUCGAAAGAAUGCCGCUAUCCGGUGAAAAGGGAAGUUCACCUCAGAAGCCUGAUGCAAUGUCUAGCAAUGAUAAAGCACCUUGGCUUCAGGCCGUUCUUGUAGCUUUCGAUUGCAACCCCAAAUGGCUGAUCAGACACCUGCCAAGCUUAGCUUCUUCGAGGAAGGUGCCCCUUAUCUUCGUGAAAGAUAAGAAACGGGGAUCUUUAAGAUUAGGCGAAAUCGUUAAACUUAAAACUGCAAUGGCUAUUGGAAUUAAGGCUAAAGGAAGCGCCAUAAAUGCCAUUGUCGAAAAAAUUUUAGGCAGCGACAAGUUAGACGACAAAAAGGUCCAUUCGGAGCCCAAAGAGAUUCUCAGAGAACCUCAACAGCAUUCGUUAUCUGUACAGACAUGAAAUUAUGUAAAUAGAUUGCUGUUUUCUGCAUAGGGUACAAUCAACCAUUUUGAUUUCUCAGUUUAUUGGUCGUCGCUUUACAAUGUCAUGCUCACCAUACUUAACAAGACUUGGUCGUGUGAUUUCUAUUCAA